AAGAAAAACAAAAUAUUAAGAUUUUUGUACAGUGUUUGUUUCUCUCUGCACUUUUAGGCAAUACAAAAAAUUGGACCACAUACCACAAGUCACCUUUAACCAAACAUCCCUCUAUAUAAAGCCCCCUUCUACAAUAAAUUUACACCCACAUCCAAAAAAAUAAAUAAUAUAAACCAUAUACUAGUACUCCUUUCUCCUUCGUAACAAACUCUCUCUAUAUUUUUUUUUCCAGGUUACACACACACCAAAUAUUAUGCCUGAGGCACCUAAAACAUCUGCUGAAAAUGGUCAUUUUGUUGUUGAUGAAAAAAACAAGAAAAUUCUUCAGUUUAUUGAAGAAGUGACCACUAAUGCUGAUGAGGUACAACAAAAAGUUCUUGCUGAAAUACUUGCUCAAAAUGCUCAUGUUGAGUAUUUGCAGCGCCAUGGACUUAAUGGUCAUACUGAUCGUGAAACUUUCAAGAAAGUCAUGCCUGCUAUCACCUAUGAAGAUAUUCAAUCUGAUAUCACUAGAAUUGCCAAUGGUGAUAAAUCUCAAAUCCUCUGCUCUCAGCCCAUUUCUGAGUUCUUGACAAGUUCGGGGACGUCAGGAGGAGAAAGAAAAUUGAUGCCAACUAUAGAGGAGGAACUGGCAAGAAGAUCACAGCUCUAUAGUCUGUUAAUGCCUGUGAUGAGCCAAUUUGUGCCAGAACUUGAAAAGGGAAAAGGGAUGUAUUUUUUGUUCAUAAAAUCUGAGACAAAGACACCUGGAGGAUUACCUGCUCGUCCUGUUUUGACAAGUUACUAUAAAAGUCCUCAUUUCAAGAAUAGGAGUCCUGAUCCAUACACAAAUUAUACGAGCCCGAAUGAAACUAUUUUGUGUUCGGAUUCUUAUCAAAGUAUGUAUUCCCAAAUGCUUUGUGGUCUUUGCCAGAACAAAGAAGUUCUUCGUGUGGGGGCGGUUUUCGCCUCAGGUUUUAUCCGUGCUAUUCGCUUCUUGGAAAAGCACUGGCCAUUUCUUUGUCAUGAUAUCAGAGCCGGAACCAUUAACAACCAAAUUACUGACCCCUCGGUUAGAGAGGCAGUGAUGAAAAUCCUUAAACCUGAUCCGAAAUUAGCUGAUUUUGUUGAGGCUGAAUGUAGUAAAGAUUCUUGGCAAGGGAUCAUUACUAGGUUGUGGUCUAAUACAAAGUAUAUAGAUGUCAUUGUGACUGGUACCAUGUCACAGUAUAUACCCACUCUUGAUUACUAUAGCAAUGGGCUGCCACUUGUUUGCACUAUGUAUGCUUCUUCAGAGUGUUACUUUGGUGUCAACUUGAACCCCCUUUGUAAGCCUAGUGAAGUUGCUUACACGCUUAUUCCGACCAUGGGGUACUUUGAAUUCUUGCCUGUUCAUCGAAACAAUGGUGUCACUAGUUCGAUUUCCAUGCCCAAAUCACUUAAUGAGAAAGAGCAGCAAGAAUUGGUUGACUUAGUUGAUGUCAAGAUUGGCCAGGAGUAUGAGCUCAUUGUCACUACAUAUGCUGGGCUUUAUAGGUAUCGUGUGGGCGAUGUGCUUCGUGUUGCUGGAUUCAAGAACAACGCGCCACAAUUCAACUUCAUCUGCCGGAAAAAUGUGGUGUUGAGCAUUGAUUCAGACAAGACAGAUGAAGUUGAGUUACAAAACGCGGUGAAAAAUGCCGUGACACAUCUGAUGCCAUUUGAUGCACAUGUAACAGAAUACACUAGCUAUGCUGAUACAACUACAAUUCCAGGGCACUAUGUCUUGUUCUGGGAGCUCAAUGUGAAUGGCUCAACACCAGUUCCUCCAUCAGUUUUUGAGGACUGUUGCCUUACUAUUGAAGAGUCUCUAAACAGUGUCUACCGGCAGGGUCGCGCAUCGGACAAGUCCAUCGGGCCAUUGGAAAUCAAGACUGUGGAAAGUGGUACAUUUGACAAGUUAAUGGACUAUGCUAUAAAUUUAGGUGCUUCAAUCAACCAGUACAAGACACCAAGGUGUGUGAAAUUUGCACCUAUUGUUGAGCUAUUGAAUUCAAGAGUUGUGUCAAACUACUUCAGCCCCAAAUGCCCCAAAUGGGUACCUGGCCUCAAGCAAUGGAACAACAUGAACUAAGUUAAUUAAGUGGCUAAAUUAGCUAGCACAAGUUUCUUUUGAGAGGAUCAUUUUUAGUGCUAGAGAUAAAUUAUUAUCAUCAUCAUCUUGCUUAGGUUGACCCAAACCAAUUUUAUGGGGUUCUUUUUUCUUCACUUUUUUUUUCUAAGUAAAUUAUGGUAUUAAGUCUUUGUAGAAUUUAACUUGUCCUUCAUGAUGGUAGAAUCUUGAAAUUAGCCAUGUACAAAAAGGAAAAAAAAAAAAAAAAAACAGUUCCUAUUCUAAAAAAAGCUUCUACCUAUUGUUAAAUUGCUA